CUGAACCGCAAACAAGGGGAGACAACAGGAGUUUGGACCACGUCACUCAGACCCUCGGUGUGACCGCUAACAAGGUGUUUCAGAUUUCACCAUGGCUGUCUAUUCAUCUGUGUGGCUGGCUAUGGCCGCACUAGUGGUGACGUGUGUCAGAGCAGAGUUGUCUACACCGAUGCCGGAAGAGGAAGCGCUUGUACUUGACAUCAUCAAGGACGCCCCCAAGGAAGACGUGUACUUCUUGUUUGAUAUCAAGGGUACACAACUCACUUGCGAUGAUGUUAACAAAGCUUUUGAAGGACGUCCCGUGAUCUACAAAUUCAAGGUGUUGGGAGCCCAACACUUUAUCGUCGUCUUGAGAAGCGUGCCUGGCGACCGCGCUGCACUCAGGGACCUCGUCAUCCCCCAGGCCACAGACGUGGAGGUGUUGACAGCUGAACACCUCAGCGAUUUAUUCAUUUACUACGAUGUGCCGGGCCUACAGGACAAGAAACCUUUACUCCUAGAGGAUGAGAACCUGUACAUGACUACAAUCUCCAUACGGGAAGAGGGUAUGAACUUAACCACGUUUAAAAACAAACUCCAUGAGUUCUUUAGGUCUGCACUUGCUGGGAACUUCUUCGAUCAGCGCGAAUUUCAUCUCACUGGGCUCUUUCCCUUUACGUUCAUCUCGUUUGUCCGCCUUAGUCCGCACCGGAUUGACAGAGCACUGAUAGAAAUGUCAGACUUCAUUGGUGGACCUUACCAGAUGGACAUAAACACACGACCCAUCGUCAACAUCUGAAGUCUUCAAACCUAUGAACUCUGAAAAUGUGUCAUAAUGAGUAAUGUCUUAAGUAACAUAAAGCUUGGAUUACCAUCGUAUAAUUAUUGCUUCCUUUUUUUUAACUAAGCUGCCUUUCCACCUGUCAUUUAAUUGUCCCACCCUACAAAAUAAAAUUACAAAGACUAAGCUAGAAGUAAAACUUCUUAACAAUACCACAGUCAUCUGCUCACAUAUUAUAGCUGUGAAAGUCUGGAUUCUGACUCAGAUGGCAAUCUUGCAAUAGGUCGCAGCUAAGUACCACAGUCCUUAAGUUUUUUAUCUUUAAUUUGCAUUGGAAAACAUUAUUAUUAUUAUUAUUAUUAUUAUUAUUAUUAUUAUUAUUAUUAUUAUUAUUAUUGUUGUUGUUGUUGUUGUUGUUGUUGUUGUUAUUAUUAUUAUUAUUUCAAUAAUAUGAACGCGCGCACACACACAAGCUCCCCAGUACACAUUGUGAAAAGGUUUCGAUGAAUUCAAAAUGUCCCCAUUCAUAGAUCAAAGGGCAGCAGUUUUGAUAGAGGGGCUUGUGUGUGUGAGAGAGAGAGGUAGGUGGGGUGUCGCAUGUGUGUACGUGAGUGCUGUUGUUUUAUAUUUUACUUUACACGAUGGUUUUAUCAGUACGCCGUCUCAUCCAAUAAAAUUUCCUAUA